AUGGAGACUUACUCUGGAUUCAAUGUGGAUCGUACUUGCCCUGCAUGCUACAAGCUCUUCAGUAGUAUAAAGGGCAUGCACUCUCAUCUGUCUAUGGCAAAGUCUUGCUCCUGGUAUCGAAAAGGAAAGCUGCCUGAACAACCAUGGGAUCUUAGGGAGACCCUGUCAGAUUCUGACAACGAUGAAGACGACGAUGAAGGGGCUCAAAACAUUUCUGAUACUGCUCAGGACUUCUAUGAAUGGGUAAACUCAUGGGACACAACUGACUUUGUGGAAACGGACAGCAACCAGCCCUCCUCGAGCAAUGGGGGUGGUCCCUCCUCUGGCAGAGCUCUGGAUGACGAUGAAGACGAGAGAGAUACUGAAGAAUAUCCUGGAGCUGGCAAAGUCAUAUGCAUGGAUCGUACUCUCCUGAAGAGAUGGAAGGCUAUUUCUGAGGAGGAAGGUUUUGAGGAGGAAUGCGACGAUGAGGACGUAAGAAUGUCGUUGGGAGAGGCAAAGGAUGGAGAUGGGAAUCCUUUCUGGCCCUUUGCUUCAGAGUUAGAUUGGCGUGUGGCCAGAUGGGUAGUCACUGACUCACCAGGCCAUAAAGCUACAGACCGCUUGCUAGAAAUUCCAGGGGUGCAAGAGAAGCUCAGCCUGUCCUUCUCUAAUAUUUGGGAGCUGCAUAGUCUAGUGGACUCAGUUCCUGCGCGAGCUCGGAGAUCCCAAUGA